AUGGCUUUGAAACACGUUUUUCGAUACUCCUGGCCAGGACCUGAACCCCCUGAAACAAACGCCGAAUUGGCCGCAGCGAUGUGGGAGACACCUGGAUGGCUACUAAAUCACCAGCUUGCUGACCUUGCAAAUAGAAAGGCCGCGAGGAUCGCCACGCCAUACGUCGAGGGCGCUUCUCUACAACUUGAAAUCACGGAAAAUCACCAGGACUUACCUUUGCCUCGGGUGACCUCAGCAUCCAUUAUCAAGAUACUCGAUGUCACCAUGUCUUCGGUAAUGCGUGUUCUUCUUCGCCUGGACUCUGGCGAGACACUCGAGGCAGUUCUUAAGUUAUUUGAUCGUCGUUUCGGUGAAUAUCUUCGCAGCAACGGACGGGUACAUUGGCCUUAUAUGCGUAGGUCAGAAGAUGCGUUUGACUCCUUUGUAAGGCGUAAUGUCAUGGACCGUUUCAUCACAAAGCUACUCCGAGAACGAGAGAAGGCUCUGUUUAAAAAGCCGCCCUGUCAUUUUAUCUCCGAUGAUGACGACGAUGGCGAGGAAAAAGAUGACGACAUUGCCGGCGAAUAUGGAAUGGACAGAUUCGAAGCAGCUCUCUGGCAGGAGUGCGAAGACAUGUUUGACUACCGGAUGACUACUAUCCAGAUGGCUGGUGACCACUAG